UUUAUAUGACUUAGAAUCAUAUUUUAUCUCUGCAAUAUGCAAAAAACAAGUCCUAUAAUUAAAGUUAAUGUUCAGUCAAUAAAAACUGAUGACAAUUAUUUUAUGUUUUAUCCGAUAAUGGAAUAUAUAUUUAAAGUAGCAAAAGUAGUGACACAUGGUGUAUUUUUUGCAAAAGCGCCGCGUAUUUGUCAGCUGACACAAAAACCGAGAAAUUCUUAGUUUUUUCGUUUCUUCCUCAAUUAAAAAACUUAUGAUCUAAGUCAAACUGAUUUUGUAAUAAACAGUUGGCCCAUUUUCGUGCAUAGUAAUGUGUCACUUGAGAUAAUGAUUCUAUAUUAUAUAAUUUCUUUCUGAAGAAAUGCUAUGGUGAUGAUUAAACAGUAAAUGAAAUAUAUUCAAUCUCGUGUAGCGAGUGGCGUCAUAAAAAAAAAAUGACUGACUCUUCAUCCUCCGGCGUAUCUGCCAUUGUAAGGAUAAUUAGCAAGGUAGUGACAUUUGUAAAGGCUAUUGCUCGAACUAGCUUUGUAAUAUUAAAUAAUAUUUAUUGCAUACCUACGUAUAUAGUAUGGAUGACUCUAUUGUAUCCUGUGAAAGUAUAUCAACCACAAAUAUAUUGGCGUAUAGAGGGUCUUUUUUUUCAUUGGCUAUUAGCCAUGGUUUCUAUGUGGACGUGGUCCGCCGGUUAUGACAUAAUAGAACAAGGCGAUGAUAUAGAGAAGAUUAUUAGCGAAAGGACACUUGUUAUAGUAAAUCAUCAGAGUACCGGGGAUGUUCCUAUGUUAAUGACAACAUUUAACCCAAAACCAAAUCUAUUACCCAAUUUGAUGUGGAUUAUGGAUAGAGUAUUUAAGUUCACUAACUUUGGCGUUAUUUCUAUCUUACAUCACGACUUUUUCAUCAUUUCUGGUCGUAAACGAAGAGAUGAAAGCUUGAGACAACUGGAAAAACAUCUUAUAGAAUCAUAUAUAGCGCUCGACCGAAAGUGGUUGGUUCUAUUUCCUGAAGGUGGUUUCUUGUGUAAGCGUCGUGAAACAUCACAAAAAUAUGCUAAGAAAAAUAAUUUACCUAUCCUAGAGAAUGUGUCUCUACCUAGAGUAGGAGCAAUGCGGAUAAUAUUUGAUACUGUCGGUCCAGCGGAGAAUAACGAAGCGCAACACGAUCACUUAGACAACAAAAUAAGUACGGCAAUAGCACCAGAUGAAAUCACUUGGGUUCUUGAUAUAACAAUAGCAUAUCCUCAGGGUAAACCUAUCGAUUUACUUACAAUUAUAACUGGUUCGAGAUCACCUUGCGAAACGGUUUUGUUUUAUCGAGUUUAUCCUAGUAAAAUGGUCCCACGUAAACCAGAACUAUUGUCUAAAUGGUUGUAUGAUAGAUGGGCAGAAAAAGAAUUGCUUUUGGAAAAUUUUUAUAAACAUGGCGCAUUUCUUGAUAAAAAUGGAUCAACUGCAAAAAGUUCAAAAAUCCAACAAGAUCCAUUAAGAUUCCUAGUCCUACAUUUAUUUUUCAUAACAUCUAGUUAUAUACAUUACAAUAUGCUUCAAUAUAUAUUAUCUUGCUUUUGGUAAAGCAUCCUAUGCCGGAUUAAGCAUAGAAUUAAAAACUUAGGAUAAUUGUAAGACAAAAAGUGGAUUAUUCCUGCCUUAAACAAUAUUAACAUUUAUUAUAAUAAAACAAAAAACGAGUGUGUAUGGAUUGUCAAUUCCAAUCGAACGUUCAUCACGAUUUAGAUACAUUUUAAUGGCCAAUGCCAUUCUUUUUCAUUUAAAAACAAUAAAAGAAUUUGGAAUUUUGCAUGCAUAUAAUUAUUCUAUUUAAGACAAAGAAUUAGCAAAAAAAAAACAAAACAAAACAAACAAAAACAAAAAAAAACAAUUUUCUAAAUAUUAACUCUAAGACAUUAUAGGAUUUGACAUAUUUUCAAGUAAGUUGCUAUUAUUUUCAAAUUUAUUUCUAUUUAUCGAAAGCAUCUAUAUUUUAUACAGAUGAAUCGUAUAUAUGCAUGCUCACUCACACACGUAUUAUUCUUGUUAUAUCUUACACGAAAUAAUUAUUGUAUUUUUUCAUGAAGCAAAUUAUUAUUUGCAGCAGGUAGUAUUGCAACUUCUUGAUAUGAUCUAUAACUUGUAUAAAACCUUUCUACAGAGUUUGGUAACUAAUUAUUAAUAUGUCGUUACCAUUAGUUUAGUA